CUUUUAUUUAACUUAGUAGCAGAAGAAGUUGUAGUCUUCUAUCACGAUCUAGUACUAGAAGGCAAUUGGUAUUGAAUUUGAAUGAUUCACUCUUGUAUUUGGAUAGAAGCAUCUUCAUCAACCAGUCCUACAACUAGUCAAGAAAAAGAGCUUCAACAACAUGCCAGAAACACCAGUAGCGUAUCGUGUCGGAGCAAGAUCGAAGUCGGACCAAGUAUCAACGACACGAGAUCGAAGUCGGAGUCCGCAUCGCCAACAGGACAUCGCUGUUGCUGAUCAACAGGAUAUCGCUGUUGCUGAUAAAGACUACGACUCAAGAACACCAACAAGUUCUUCAAGAACGUUCUUCUUUUGUUCCUGUCCUUCAGGAAGGUGUUGGCGCUUGACCGCGACAAAAGACGGGAGGUGCGGAGACUGUGACCGUGGAGGACAUCAAGCUAUAAGUUCAUCAUCGGCUUCCUCAUCGUCACCAUCGUCUUCGAGAAAGUCCGCAUCAUCUUCCUGUAGUGGUUGCAAGCUUUAUCCAUACUUCGAGAAACAAUGGUGUUCCCAUACUGUUGACGUCCCUGGACACGGCAGGAACACACGGAAAGGCCGCGAUCGAUGCUACGUACACGGCUACAGCUACAAUCGUUAUGGCAUGAACUUAGACUAUAGUACUUUUCCUACAGCAAUACUCGAUAUCCGUUUUCCCAAGUACUUAGGUACCGCGACCUGAUUUUGGUGCAGUAUUCUUCGUGUAACGUCGAACCUGCCUUGUUCAGGAGCCUGAUUGUCUUGAUUCUAGCCUAUAGAUAGUACCACUGCUGGUCGCUUGCCUGUCUCCAAUCUUCUGGCGGCCAUUGGAGUAUGUCCAAUCAAGCGAGCUACCGAAGACCCUGUGACAUUGCAGCUGACCUCACGAUCUCUCAUUUGAUGGAGAAGGAGAAGCAAGUAGAAAUAAAGGAGGACCCGUCGACUAUGACAACAGAGGGAGAUAUAUCCAGUCUCCUAGAAAGCAUCAACGCUAAAUCACCCAAGCGAAUCCG